CUAUCACAGUUCCUCUGGACUUUACGCUGAACAGCAACGAAACGCGGAGAUUUUAACGCAGAAACAUGGAUGUAAAGCUGCUGGCCGUCGUGGCUGCACUGACCGUGGUGACAUACUCACCUCUCUCUGAAGCAAAGCCCAUCAGCCUGGUGGAGCGAUGCUACUGCCGUGCAACCAUUAACAGUAUCCCGAAAGGUUUGAUCAGAGAGCUCAGAUUCCUCCACACACCCAACUGCCCCUUCCAAGUGAUUGCCAAGCUGAAGUCAAACAAGGAGGUGUGUUUGAAUCCAGAGAUGCGGUGGCUGCAGAAUUACCUGAAGAAUGCCAUCAGCAAGAUGAAGAAGUCCAAGAAGGCCAACUAAAAAUGUCUUCAGGAGAUCCUCCUGAGCCACUUCUCGGGACUUCGGCCGCCAUCACACACAUAAAUAUAUACAUAUAUAUAUGUAUGUAUGAAUAUACCUAAAACGCAAGAUUUUCUGGUAUGUCGUACAGCACUUAGCUGCUCUGUUGCAGCCCUUUUGCAUGGAUUGAAUCUCAGAGUCUUCAUCGUGAACACCAGUUCCUGGAAUCAUCUUCUCCAUCACCACUUAGAGCAAAUAUGCUUAGAGCACAGUGCCAAUAUGUCUGAGUGUAUGUUUUGGUAGGUAUCUUGCAUACAGUUUUUCAUUUGUCAUUCUAGUGUAAAAAGAUAUUUUUGGAGGUUCAGUUGUCCCUCUCACCUUCCUGUAACUAAAGAAGAAAGUACCUGACUUGGGGCUCAAGUUUUUUUUUUUUUAAAGAGGAGGGAUGUAUGUCUCAACAUUUCCUCUGAUUGUGAACCAGGAAAUAUAUCUAACUCUAAACAUGCUUAUCCUGAUGGUUUGUGACCAAUGAGUGGUUUCUUCUUCUUCGAAAAUAAAAUAAAAUUGAAAGGGGGGAAAAAAAGCAAGUUAAUUGGCACCAAGGAAUUUCGGUGGGUGCCAGCUACCCCAAAAACUAAACACGAGAUGUGCACAAAAGCCUAAUAAAAACUUUGAUUCCAAUGCUUGUAAUGGAACUUUGGAUGGCAGUAAAGAUGAAGCAUUUCCUGGGCUGUUGCUGCGUUUAGGUGAUUUAUCCACUUGUGCUAUUUUCUUAACUCGUUGCAAGGAAAUAAAAAAAAAAAAAAAGAAAAGAACAUCUGCUCCCAAAAGGUUUUAAUUGAGCAGGCAAUAAGUUAAAAUUUACUGGAACCAUAAAGUUGAAUCAGUUAACAAGAAGCCGGGAGAACAAAUUGUAAUGCUCCCCAGUCACAUCUGGCAAGCUUUGCAUCCUUUUGGUUUGUGUUAAAGCAGGAUGCACAACAAUUCGACAGCCGUUUCUCCACCAGCAGUUGACGCACAGAAAAAUGCUGGCAGCUGCAGCAAGAGCGGUCCUAAAAUGUACAUGAAUGUGACUACCUACAACCACCAUGGACAUGGCGAUGCACUUUAAACGUGAUGUAUUCAUAUUUCCACAGCAACUCUCUCGCUAACUCUGCCGAUUUACUUCUUAGCUAUUUGUGUUUAUGUGCUUUGUUUUUUGGCUUUUUUUUUUUUUGAUCACUGAAUGUUUAGCAGCAGCAAACUGUUAAAGUUUGAGAGAUUUAUCCAUGUAUUCAUUUAACUUUCAUGCUCACAUGUAAUAUUAAUGAUAUACAAAUGUUUUAUUUUUGUACUCUUCCACGUUUAUAUAUUGCAUUCAAACAUUUAAAAUGAAGGAACUGAACUCUCCCACCUGAGCCAUGCAGCUUUUUUAUAUCAUGAUACUUGUAUACAUCUGUUGAGUAUAAAAAUAAAGAAAUCCUUUGUAAAGUUUUAA